GGUUGGUUCAGGAUAUGGCCUUAGUGCAAUACUCGGAGUCAGAGUCAGAGUCAGAUUUCGAGUCAGGCAACGAGUCUCAGCGACCACCCACCAAGAGGCUCUGUACGACCAAGCCAUCCCGCGACCGAUCCCUGCUUCCGCCGCUACCAGCAGCCUUCCAUGACCUCUACGCCUCGAGCACUCGUGUUAGUGUAAGAGAUGACCCGAGUCUGCACGGCGGCCGUAAAAGGGUCAUCCCUCACGUCGAGGGCAACUGGCCGACGCACCUCUAUCUAGAAUGGUACGCGUCCAAAGCAGAGCUUACUCUUCUGAGCGAAGUGAUACAGCAGAUCCAAGAAAAGCUCCACGGGAGCAGAACAAAGCUUCACAGCCUCCUCCACAGCGAUCUUGGCGCCCAACUGCCUCUCCACAUCAGUCUCUCGAGACCGGUGGUGCUACGGACCGAGCAGCGCCAGCCCUUCAUGGAGGCCUUCGAAGCUGCGAUGAAGGACGCGAAUGUCGCACCGUUCGACACCACAACAGAUAGUCUGGACUGUGUGUCCAACUAUGAGCAGACACGGUGGUUCUAUGUCUUGCGGGUGCGAUGCCCCGACCAUGACGAGCUGAAUCGUCUUCUACGCUUGUCCAAUCGCGCGCUUGCACGCUUCGGCCAGCCGCCUCUUUACGAAGUAACUGCUGCGGCUGCGGCGGCGGCGUUGUUGUCGUCGUCGAGGGAUACCGCUGCGAAGGGCAAUUGCAAGCCUGCGGAGACGGACUCCUCGAGGUACUUCCACAUCUCCCUAGCCUGGAGUCUGACGGAGCCGUCCGCGGCAGAGAAGAAGCAGCUUGCGAGCAUAGAUCUACGCAAGCUUCAGGCCCUGACGAUCGGCUUCGACUGUGUGAAGGUGAAGAUCGGCAAUCAUAUCUCGAGUAUACCCUUGACAUCUAGAGUACCUUAAAAUAGCAUGCAUGC